UCCAUGGCCUUCUCCAGGCUUGUAAUCUACUUAGCAUGCAUCAUGGCACUAGGCAUGGUAGGCCAUGCAAUGGCACAAAACUCACCGGAUGACUUUGUUAAUGCCCACAAUUCAGCUCGAAACACGGUUGGCGUCGGUCCAGUUACAUGGGACGACACCGUGGCUGCUUACACAAAAAACUACGCCGAUCAAAGGAUCGGUGAUUGUCAAUUCAUCCACUCCAAUGGACUUUAUGGUGAGAACCUCUUUGGGAGUUCUGGGGAUGAUUACAGUGCAACUGAUGCAGUGAAUGCAUGGGUUUCUGAAGGACAAGACUGUGAUUAUAAGAAUAACACAUGUGUUGAAGGGAAGGUGUGUGGGCAUUACAGUCAGGUGGUGUGGAAGACCUCAACAAGCAUUGGUUGUGAUCGAGUGGUGUGUAACAAUGGUGGCAUCUUCAUCACCUGCAACUAUAACCGUGCUGGUAAUAUCAUUGGUUAG